CAUUGAUCGAUACCUGAGUGUUGUAUUUGGUCGACCUCGACUUUAUCAAGAUGAAGAUAUUGACCAGGACUUUCCGGAAAAUAUCAAUGAUGAGGACAUGACAGCCCAGGGACCUUCCAUUCCAGAUGACCAGGCUGACUGCUAUAUCGACGCUCUGAUAUUUCAUGCCAAAAUUGCACGAAUCAUUGGAAAGGUCUCGCGAGAAGUCUAUUCAGUGAGCGACCUGCCUAAUCAAGAUCGCUUGGUAGCUGCCCAUCGUUUGGGCCGCGAACUGCACGAAUGGCGUUCAAGCUUGCCGCCGCACUUGGGUACCGUGAAGCCAUCAACAUUGAUGCCCGCUUUCCGUCGUCAAGCUAUUGCUUUGCAGCUCGCGUAUUCUCAUGCUCUUAUCCAUACCAAUCGGCCCUUUAUUCUGAGCGAUGCAGCACCUGAGAAUAUCACCGAAUGCAUCUUUGCCACAAAGAACAGUUUAGAACUUAUCAACAGGAUGGCGGGAGAUAAAACACUUUUCCAUUCGUUCUGGUGGACUCAUUAUGUUAUCUUCUGUGCAUUGGCUGUUGUUUAUGUUUGGGAGAUUCAACGAGUCACGCGGACCAUGGACGGAGUCAACGAUGAGUCCAUGGGCAAGAUCUUUGACAUUGCAGAGAAAUGUCGGGGUCACCUCGAACGAGCGUCUACGGGAAUAUCACAAAACCGGCGAUAUAGCGUCAUACUCGAUGAACUUAGAUCCGAAGCACAAAGAUGUCGUGUUUUGAGGGGAAGCCUGCCGAAUCUACUCCUAGGGGGUCUACAUGCCGGCGAGUCCAAUUCCAACCCCGAUAACGGCUCUCCAUUGUUCCAAGAUGGGAACAUGUUAGAGUCUGACCCACAAGCUAUGCCUCAUGAAGGCAUCAUGACGAAUCUGCUAGAUAGCUUUCUGUUCAGUGACUGGCAGGCUCUUGAUUCAUCGGCUUUCCUCCCAUUGCCGGACCCAAAUUCCGUUUCUCCAACUUACUUUCAUCCUAUCCCGUGAGAUGACAAUGCGAAGUGGGGAUUUACCUCCGAACUCAAUGAGGGGUUCGGAUUUCGCGGAAAAACAGACUUCGGACGGCAAGAAUCCGGGGUUGCCAAGACUCAACUAGUGUAGCCCAAUAUGCUUCGCCCGACCCCGUGGGGUUUCCGUUGGAUCUCAGAUUGGCUAGGGGCUAUAAGACGAUCUCGAUCUCCCAACCGUAUAAUGUCUGUUCAUCUCAUUCCGUCUAGAUUCAUCAAUAUGGUGGACAAAGAUAUAGCAGUCAUGCACCUGGAGACCCAGCCGGGUCAAGGAACCUCUGCCGCCGAUGCAGAUUUUUUGUCUAAUUUCUCUGAUGAGGCCAAGAAAAAGGUUCUGAGAAAAGUUGAUACCAGGCUUAUUCCUAUGUUGGUUCUCUUAUACUUGGUAGCGUAUGUUGACAAGACAAACAUUGGAAAUGCAAAGAUCGAAGGCCUUCUUUCAAGUCUACACAUGGACGGAAUACAGUACAACAUCGCCUUAUCCAUUUUCUUCAUCCCUUACGUCCUUGCUGAGGUCCCGAGCAAUAUAAUCUUAAACCGACUGAUGAGGCCAUCCCAUUAUUUGGGAUUUCUGAUCUUCUGCUGGGGUGUGAUCAUGCUAUGCACUGGCUUUGUUCAAAACUUUGCCGGUCUAGUCGUGAUUAGGGUUCUUUUGGGACUUUUUGAGGCAGGUUUUCUUCCAGGCGCCGUGCUCGUGAUUUCGAAAUGGUAUCUUCCGAAUGAGACACAGACCCGCAUUGCUAUUCUUUACACAUCUGCUGCUUCUGGGGGCGCCUUCUCAGGCCUGCUCGCUUUUGCCAUUGCCAAAAUGGAUGGUGUUGCUGGUUACGAAGGGUGGCGCUGGAUCUUCAUCAUAGAGGGAAUUGCAACCUGUGCCAUAGCCGUGGCAUGCUAUUUACUCCUUCCAGACUUGCCAUCUUUGUCGGCGGGAUGGCUUAGUCCAGAGGAGAUCCGAUUCCUCGAAGUACGCCAACUGACACAUAACAAUCACGAUAGUCACCAUACCGGCUUCAACAAACGUGUUAUCUUCAGUGUCCUCUGCGAUUGGAAAAUGUAUUUUCUCAUUCUCAUCAACUGGUCCAAUGCUGUUCCCAAUUAUGCCCUCAAAUUCAGCAUGCCCGAAAUCAUUAAAUCCAUGGGCUACCAAGCAGCCAAUGCCCAACUCCUGACCAUCCCCCCCUACAUGGUCGGCGCCUUCUCAGCGUUCGGAUUUUCAGUAUUUGCGGAUCGAUUCUCUUGGAGAAUGCCUUUUAUCCUCGCGCCCCAGUUGUCACUGAUUGUCGCAUUUGCAAUACUGUUCUCCAAGGCUGCCGACAUCGAGAACAACAUCGCGCUCUGUUAUUUUGGUGUUUGUCUCGCGUGCUUUGGGAUGUAUCCCAUUCUUCCUGGUGUCAACGCUUGGAAUGUCUGCAACAUCCUUGAUCCCCACAAGCGUGCUGUGGCCAUUGGUUAUCUCAUAUGUGUUGGCAAUGCGGGCGGUAUCAUUGGGAGCUACAUCUACCAAACUCGAGAGGCACCGCAAUAUCCCACUGGCUAUGGUACUUCACUUGCGUUCGCCGCUGCUGGGAUCGUGGCUUGUUUAACUUUAGAGUUUUGCCUCUGGAGGGCGAACAAAACGAAAGAUCGAAUGACGGCUUCCGAGAUCGAGGAAAGAUACACUGAAGACCAGCUUCAUGAUAUGGGGGAGAAGAGUCCUCUUUUCAAGUAUACUUUGUGAGAUAAAAACCGAUGUCAUGGAACCACUUUACAGGACUUUUCAAUACUUCCUUAUAGGAGUUGUCUCGUGUGAGUAGUAGUA